AUGAGCACACAAGAUGGGCCGCAAGGCCUCGAGAACGAGGAAAUGACAAUGAUACUCUCUAAUUCGCCUGUAUUAGGCUCGAUUUCGAGCAUCGAACCGCUUGUCGGUGGCGAACUCGACGGGAGCCACAGGUCGCAUGCCGUCGGCGACAAACCAAGUCGUGGAUAUGAGUGGGAAACGACGGAAUAUGGGUUUGGGAUGGGAAUGAGCACUCUUGCAGAGCUCAACGCAUUUGCAAACGAUCCUUUCACGGUGCCCUUGAGCGCCUUGGUCAACGACUAUGGGCUAGAACAUCUGCAACGGGAAGGGCAUUCAACCGCAGUAUCACGCACCUCUUCCGCAAUAUCACGUCCACUGGCGAUUGGCACAAGCGCAACAGCAAAGGACGCUCGAUGGAGCGCAGAACCCUCGAGCCCAGUGCCUUUUGUCUCUUCGCCCUGCUCUUCAGUCGGCUCCUCGACGAACCAGCGUGGCAUACGCAUUGUGACCGGCCUCCCGUCUGCAAACGGCAAGGCGGUUGAAAGGAGACCGCCGUUGGCUUCGCUCGACUCGGCAUGCAGCUAUGACAGCUACACGACUGGAUUCAAUACUCCUGCCACGUCUUUUCCUGGUGACGAUGAAGAGCGUUCCGUCAGGGAUCGCAAGGGCAAGGGAAGAGCGACGACGCAGGUGGCUGCUCUUGUCGACUCGCCGCCGUUUAGCCCCAGUAUUGGGAACGAGGCGCCAAUUCCGUGCACUUCGGUAGCCUCCACAUCGUCGAUGCCCGUCGGCUUGCUGUCGAAUAUGACCAGCACGUCUCCCGAUGGAUUGGGUCAUUAUUCUCCCGACGUCGCAGAUCUAUUACGCAUUCCUCCCUUUGAACUCGAGCGCAAAGAGUUUGAUUGGAACGAGUUUAAACGGUCUUUGGGGCACAACAACGAUGAUCCGUCGUCAUCCUCUGCGUCAACUGCGGCAAAGCAGGCGGAGCCAUUUGUACCCGUCGUAACUGGACUUGGACUGGAUCUCACUCCGUCAAACAGUAGGCUGUACGGUCCACAGGAACUCAUUCGCCAGCGCCCACAAUCCCUCUAUUUCCCCUCGCAUGAACUCACGAGCCCGACGACUAUCGUACAGGCUCCUAGACCAACCCAUAUGACGCUUCAGAACACGGGUUCGACCACUGCAGUAACUAGGAGUACUAAUCGCCGCCACACUAUCUCAUUAUACGAUCCAGCAGCCUCGUUGGCUGCCCAACGAUAUGUUCUACCUCCAAACCGAAGAGUGCAACCAAAUGCAGUCGAAGGAGGUGACUCAGAGCCUGGAACUUCAAGUCGCCAUCGACCCCACUCCAUCUCCAUCGACACGAACGGGGAUCGUAGCUCGAGUAUUCGAAGCCUACCCUACUCGGCCAAUCAGUCGCCCAAACUCAGAAAACAAAAGUUCUCGAGUUGGAUCAAGGGCAAAUCUCCAACGAUUUCGCGAACCUCGAGUAUCGGACCCUCUUCGCCAUCCACCACCACUCGUCAAGUCGAAGAGACUAAGGACGCGUCGAGUCGUCCCAGGAAGCUGUAUAAAGAAAAGGGACGGGCUCAGAGCGUCCCAAGCCCGUUUCCUUAUACGGUUACUCGGGAGUCGAUCCUGCACACCGAUACGUUGGCCAUCUCCCCAACUUUGGAGGAGUCGGAUGUUGUGGCACAGGUAAUCACGCCUGCAGUCGAGGAACCCAUAGUCUCCCUUUUUGAUACUGUUCUCCCUCGUGAGACCAAACUCUGGAUACUCGCUCAGCUCGUCGUCUUACAUCAAGAAGACUUUGAGAAACGACUGCAGAAGGGAGUGUGGUCAACUGCGCAUGCGAAUAGUGAAAGGUGGGUUGGCAAAGAGGCCGGAAUGAGAAAUCUUAUUAAACUCAGUCGAGUCUCCAAAUCUUGGCUUUCUCUUGCACUGGAUGGGCAGCUGUGGCAAUCCUUCGACCUCACAUCGUUCCCAGGACUUUCGUCCUCGUUACUGCUCAAGAUUGCACAAUGCGCAGGCUCAUUCGUACAAACAUUGAAUCUCCGUGGCCAUUCCCAGAUCAAGCCAUCCUCACUUCUAGCCCUCUCGUCUGCACUCUGCAGCGUAUCGAACCCAACUGGGGGUCUGAUUGCACUCGACAGGCCCCUGACCACGACACAACUGACGACAAUUAACCUAGUCGGGUGCAGUGCGCUCACGACGCAGUCACUCCGGUUCCUACUCUUCCGCUCGCCGGGCGUCCAGCAUCUCCACCUGCGUGGGUUGGACUGUGUGACAAACUCAACAUUGAUUGAUGACAUUGGCCCACACUGUCACAUGCUCGUCACCCUCGAUAUUCGACGCUGUACUCAUGUCAGGGGUAUUGCGCUCGCCAGUUUUGCAAUUCGCUGCCUGGACAGGAUGAUCGCAACAAACCGGUCUUCUCCACUGAAGAAUCUCAAGGCGAGCGGACUUCGUGGGUUCAACACAGAAGUUUUGCGUCUCCUUGGACGCGCAUUCCCCCUACUUCAAGUUCUCGAUCUAUCGUACUGCCGCGAUGUCAGCGACGACGGCUUUGCCGCGUUCGUCGAAUGGCCAGCCCUGAGCGGUCCUCCAAGUGUAUUCCAGUCCCCCAUGGAGAUCCCGGAGGAGGAAAGGUGGACGCUAUUUCAUAAAUCGGUGGAGUUGACCUCGCGUGAAGCUGGGUUAGACCCUGCUGAUCCGAGCAAGCAUUGGAGACGUGUUACAUCACUGCGCCACCUGAAUGUCAGUGGCUGUCGCCGCGUCUCUGACAAGAUGUGUACGGCAAUAGCACAUGGCGUGCCCCAACUCGAGUUUCUAGAGAUGGCGGCUGUCAGCUCUGAAGUCAAAGACGACGGUCUGUUGCGCCUAUUCAAGACCACUUCGAAGAUUCGCAAGAUUGAUCUGGAGGACGCAGCAGAUAUCACAGACGCGGUCCUGGAUUGCCUCGUUCCUACACCGAGGACGCCACCCGAUAACGAGACGGUGGCGACAAAGGACGAGGAGCCUCAGCCUGGGGAAAUGCUCGAGCAUCUCGUCAUCUCCUAUGCUGGGCUAAUUUCUCCCGCCGCUAUGGGGCGUGUGGUCAAAGGAUGCAAGCGGCUGCGCGUACUAGAAGCCGACAAUACUCGCAUUACAGGGAGUGUGAUCCGAGACUUUGUCAGCCGACGACGCCAUCGCGAAAAGGGCCUGUUACUGUCGGAGACAUCGGGGAACCCUAUGGAGCAACCGGGGUCGGAAAUUAUUGCCAUUGACUGCCGUGGCGUCUCCGAGGAGUGUAUACGCGACGUUCAGGCAUAUACACGACCGCGACGAGGGUGGAGAGGAUGGGAAGCGCGAGAAUUGGGGUACGAAGACCAGCGAUCUGUCGGUGUGAUGGAUCCAUUAACGGGAGACGUCUGCGGUUCGUUGAUUGGACAAGACGAGUGUGACCCUCACCGGGUGGUUGUAAAGAGCUUCCAUGGGUGGGUGUCCGUGGACGCGGUUGCUGAGCAGCGGACCAAGCUCAAGAGAGGCUCGGGGAUGCCAGGCAAAGGAGAUAUACCAAGAUGGCUCACUCACUGGAGUCUAGGACGACGAGCUGGGCUCGGGUCGAAUGCUGGGACACCGGAGGAGCGAGAAGACCGAGGUGUAUUUAUGAAGAAGGAAAUGGCACGCCUUAAAGAGACUGAACCUGACAUGCCCCAUCGGGACCGCUUCAAACGGGCUGCUCAGGCCUGGCACAACUCCAAGGAGAAUCCAAAGAACAAAAAGUAG